UUCUACUUCAGCUACGCUAUAAAUUGAAAUUAAGGCAAAUAGGUUAGACUAGAGUUGAAGGGUACAUCUUGGAAAAUUUGUUCUAAAUCGUACAUAAAAUGUCUUGCUGCGGUGGAAAUUGUGGCUGUGGCUCCGGAUGCAAGUGCGGCAGCGGCUGCAACGGAUGUGGUAUGUACCCUGACAUCUCUGAGAACAUCAGGACUGAAACCCUCGUUUCAGGGGUUGCACCUGCCAAGAAGGUCUAUGAGAGUUCUGAGAUGAGCUUUGGUGCUGAGAGUGGGAAUGGCUGCAAGUGUGGAUCAAACUGCACCUGUGAUCCAUGCAACUGCAAAUGAGAAAGCAGCAUGGACAUGGACCAAGCAAAGCAGUACUUGGUGUUUUUAAUAAAUCCCAAAAAUAAUUAGGAAAAACAAUUAAAGAUGAAAGAAUAGUUGGUUAUGUAUAAUAGUAGUUGGGUUGCUGGUGUAAAUUAAACAGCCCUGGUUUAUCCAAAUCCUUGUGUUAGGAUUUCAUUUCCCGUAGUUCCAUAGCUUGUUGUAUGUGUGUUGUGUCCUCUCUGCUUUGCUGGCCUUAACCUUUGUUUUGUGUAGUUUUGGAAGGGGAACUUCAAACAUUAUUGGUAUAUCAAUGGUUAAAACAUCUCCUUUCUCUUGUGAUCUAA